CGCGCAGCGCUUGAUUACACAAAAGUCAUGUAGUUCUAGCAGAUCGACUACAAAUACUUUGUACACUUUAGGUUGAGAAAUAAAAUUGUUCACAGUUUAGAGAAAUGAAAGCAGUCAAACGGGAAGUACAUUCAAAAAUUGUCUAAGAUUUGUUGACGUUCAAUUUGAAACGACUAUAGGAAUAUUUUCGCCCAACGGCGAUUUUAGUAGUCAAACAGUACACAGACAUAGUACAUACACACAUAUGUGUGGAAAAAAAAGUAAAAUAUAAAAUAAUAAUCCAAAUUAAUUGUAGCCGUGUGAAAAAACCAAACUAAAAGCUAACUUAGUGACAAAAUGGUUUGCGUGACAGAGGAUGCUUUCGGUACCACAAUCAACCCGCUAACCAAAAAGGAAGUGGCAAUCAGGCGCUUCACCAUCACCAAUGAUCGCAGGAUGUCGAUGCAGUUGAUAACCUUCGGCGCCACAAUAACUUCACUAAAAGUGCCGGACUCGCAUGGCAUGGCAGAGGAUAUCACGCUCGGCUUUGAUAAUAUCGAAGGUUACUUGACCGAGAAUAAUCCCUAUAUUGGGUGUUCAGUAGGUCGUGUUUGCAGCCGCGUUGGCAAUGGCAACUUUAUACUCGAUGGGAAAAAGUACGAGGUUACUAAAAACUUCUUGGGAAAACACAUGUUGCACGGUGGUACUCAUGGCUUUAGCAAGGUCAUUUGGGAAGUUGAUCAAAUUAGACCGGAUGGUGUUGUUUUCAAGUUUACUUCGCCCGAUGGUCAUGAGGGCUUUCCUGGUGAAGUGAUUGCCACUGCUACUUACACUAUUACGGAUGAUAAUUGUAUGCGCUUUUGCUUUGAAGCAACCACCAACAAGCCAACACCGGUUAAUAUGACUAAUCAUGCAUACUUCAAUUUGGCGGGACAUAACGCAGGAAAGCAGGGUAUGGCGGAACAUAUUUGUAAGAUAAAGGCCGAUUGUAUAACCGAUAUGGACGAAGAAACGGUGCCCAAUGGUCAGUUUAUUAGUCUCGACAAUCAUCCAUUGGACUUGCGUAAGCUGACAAAUGUCGGAGAGGGUUUGAGAAAAAUCUCUAAGAUCGCCAAGGGUUACGACCACAAUUACGUACUGAAGUACACACCGGGAUGUAUUGAGAAGCAAGCAAAAGUAUUCCAUCCUCCAAGUGGUCGCUGCAUGGAAAUUUUAAGCAAUCAGCCCUGUAUGCACUUCUAUACCGCGCACAACAUGCCAGACUUGGAGAAAAGGGGUAAAAAGAAAGGUAACACGCAACCCAUGAUCAUCGGCAAGGGGCGCAGUAUGUACGAGAAGCACGGGUCAUUCUGUAUGGAAACACACUGGUUCCCGGACGCUGUGAAUCACGACAAUUUCCCCUCCGUUAUACUGAACCCCGGCGAGACUUACCAACACGUUUGCUUAUUUAGAUUUGGCGUUUACGACCCGAACUGCGAACGUCAUGGCAACCAGUUAUGCGGCUAAGUAACAGACAAGGGAUUGAGAGCAGUGCUGCUCAUCAGGCCUCAUCCUAACACGGCUACAGGACAGUACUCGCGCAUAUCCACACACAUGUACAUACAUACAUACAUACAUACAUAUAUGUAUAUGUGUACAAAAUUAGCUAUGUUUUCAUAUACAUAGUACGGAUAUAUUCAAAUCAUUGCUGCAGUAUAUGAAAACUGUUCGACCUAAAUUCCUUUGUAAAUUAAAGAAAUAAAUUCUAAAUUAUUCGCAUA